AUGAUCAGAACCAACUCGACUUAAAAAACAAAAUAGGUAAUGCUUUCAAAUGGACAAGUGUAAUCACUAAGUCCAUUUAAUAGUACUAUAAGAAUGAGCAAUCAUCAUUAAGAUGCUCCAAGCACACCUUAAAGAUAAAUAGUUUCUUAGAAUGCUUUAAGAUUGAUAGUUAAUAAUCAUUAAGCAGAAGUCAGAUAAUCUAAUGCUUUUACACCAAAUGGCAAACAAUAAUAAGCAGGAAAAUGCUUUUAAGAAAAUAGAUCUGUUAUAGUUUAAGAUAAUACACGAAUGCAAUAGUUAAUAAAUGAUAAUAUGUACUUAUCAUAAGCAUUAGAAUAAACAAAAAAUGAAUUAAAAUAGUAUUAAAAAUCUACACAUGAAAGCCAAUAAUUAGAUUUCAUAAAGGUUAAAAUUGAGAGUAUGGAAAAAGUUAUUGAUGAUUAAGCUUUGGAAAUUGAAUAAUGGAAAUAGAAAUAUCAAAAGAUUUGUACAUAGGAUCCUUAAGAUUCUAUGUUGUAGAUGGAAUCUUAAAUCAUGUUAGUAAUUUAGGAAAAUGAAAGAUUGAAUAUAUUAGUUAAAAAUAUUUAGGAUUCUACAGAUAAAAAGGAUUAAUUAAUUACAUAAUAAGAUUAAGAAAUUAAAAAGCUUAAAGAAAAAGUCAAAAUAUCAGAUAAAACAAUAUAGAGUUAAAAAGAAGGUAAAUCAAUAUAUUAAUAUUAAAUAGAAAUAAAACAAUGGCAUGAGAACUUUGCUGAGUUUGAAAAAAAUUCAAAAUAAUAAGUAAGUCAUGAAUCUGAAUUAUUGAAAAGUAAAAUGAAAAUUUAAGAACUUGAAUUUUAGCUUCAUAAAAAGAAGGUUAGUGAUAAUAAUAAUGGAUAAAAAUUAAGUUAAAGGAAAAUUGAUGAAAAUCCAGAAUUAGAAAUUAAAUUAAGGUAAUUACUUGAAGAAAAUAAUAAACUAACUCAAUUGAUUGAAACUUUAUAAUCAGAAAAUACAAAAUUAAAAUCUACAAAGCAGAGUAGAUCAAAUAGUUGUUUUUAAGCAAAUAAUCAAUUAUCUUAAGGAAUUCUCGAAUAAAUUAAAUAAGUACUUUGAUAUAUAUUUGACUUAGGAAUUAUUUAAUUAAUAGUUAUUUAGUACUGAAGAAUUUAAAAAACUUAAAGUGAUUUAUCAACAAAAUGAAACUUUAAGAAAUUAAUUAGACAAUGCAAAUGAAUAAAUUUCAAUUUUAAAAAAAACUCUUCAAUAUUAUGAAGAUGAAUAAAAUGUACCAUCUGAUUAGCUAUUUGAAGAAUUUCUAUAAAGUUAAAGUCAUUGUUUAAAUAUGAUAUAACAAUUAUAAUAAUGA